CCAGAGCAGCCCAUACAGAGAAACAUUUCCUUCGUCAGCUGCGAUUGUCCCCUGUCAAUUAAUCACUUGGUCAAUAAUAAUGUCCCCUGUGUCCCGUACCCUUUGUGAAAUUCAAAAAAUUAACAAAACUCCCCGACAGAUCUGAUCAGAUUCGUAUCCAUUGGAUGAUCAAUCGGUCAAUCCGGUCGCCUUCCCCGAUACGAAAUUAUCCCUGUAUCACCUACAAAGAUCCCAAGCAAGCGCCAGGCCAGGCCAGGCCUUCUUCUUUGAAUCCUUCCAUGAUACGAAUAGAACACUUGGGUUCUUCUCUCUUUUUUUUUACAUCUAUAUAUACCUUGCCUGUACUUUGUAUCAUCCUUGCCGAAAAACACCACCAAUCGGUCUUUGAUGGAUGAUUGUUGCUGUUGUUGUUGACAAGUUGAAGGGUUCACGAUGCAACUAUACAAUCUCACCACUCGUUUACAAUCAGUACAACGACAACCACCCGGGAAUUUGUGGUCGUCAUACGCCUUGUUCAUUUUCGUCGCUUGCUGUUGUAUCGGGAUCCUCGUCAAGCUACUGAAAAGACGCGAGCCUCGCUCCAUACGGUCUCUCCAGGCCGAAAAUAGCUUGUUACCAACCACGUCGAAAGAUUUGAACCGGAACCUGGGACAAAGUGACACGGUCACAAAAGGCAACGACAAAACAUACAACGCGUACCUCCGAUAUCAUCAUCUGGGGUGGCAACCUGUCGGAGGGGAAACCAUGGCCCCGGAAAAGAAGUCGCCGUCAACGAAGAUGACCGGCGGUGUUGCGAGACCGGAUGACGACAACACGAACCAAGUUCGACCCAGGGAUGGAUCGAAUGCGAACAACACCGAAACGAACGCAGAUACGGCAGAGACACAACCUGAAGCAGAAGAAACGCAAACGCAAGCCAAAAAGAGCCCGUUUUCUGAACCUUGUGAACCGAUGCCGGUUGAGGAAGAAGAACCACCGUGGAGAAGACACUCCUACCCAAGAGAUCAAACGAUUCCGGGACCUUUGAGAAAGGACUCGACGCACCAUGAAAUGGAGCAUGUCCCUGACGAAUUCCACGCCGGUAUAAUAUGGAGACGAAGGACAAUUGUAUUCGAGGGCAAAGCUUAGAAACUCGACUUACUAUGUCCUCUACAUACACACACACACACAACAAGAUAUUGAACAUUUUGCUCUUGUUCUCUCUGAUGAAGACAAAAAAGAAUCAAUGAUGCAGGGUUGUGGUGUCUGUCGCCCAAUGACAAGUCAAGGAACGCCGAACGUGACCGGUUUUGAUGGUCUGAUCUCGAGAUAACCCCUCCUUGAUUGGUGGUAUCGGCAGAUUUGAUUAUGACUCUGUUUUAUGAAACACGAUGAAUGAGGUUUUGGGAUGGGAGGUUUGUUGUUUACUGUUGAUUCCCAAGGUAGCUCUGACGAAACGAGCAAUUUGCAAUGGGUUUCCCUGCGGACAUGAGGAGCAAGCAUGUGGUCAUGUGGUUUCUUGACGAAUAUUAUCAUAGCCUUGAGCACACAGCAAUAAAUUCAAAGUCUGGACUAGUGCAAAGCCAUGCCUGCGUGCUGUGGGCCAGUCCCCAAUGUAUGGUAUCGUGGACGAC